CCCUUCCUCCUCGCCCCCUCCCAUGGGGGCCUUCGGACCUUGGGAGGACCCCCGAGGCAGCAGCUGUCUUCCCCGCCAGUGAGAGGGGCGGUGGCAGAGGGUCCCCGGCGCUCCCGGUUCCCGGGCAGGACUGGCCCGGCCAACCCCAUCCGGAUGGCCUAGUCCGCGACCACUUCCUCCUCGACCCCCGGAGCAUCCCCCCAUCCCACCCGACCCGUUGGGUCAGAGGUGACUGAGUGACAGAAUUUCAAAACAAGCACUUGUGGUGUUCAAGAGACAUCUCUCAGGAGGAAGACCGGCCAGUUGAGUUGGCGGACCUGAUCUGAAAAGUGGCCUGAAAAGUGGCUCUAAAGAUGGCUUCGAAUUUUAUGAUCACCGGACUUGCCCUGAUGAGUCUGUGCCUAGCAACCGCAGGUCCUGUGCCCAGGACAGAGUGUGCGCUCUCACCUGUCAAUUCCUCCCAUCCGGUCCAAGCCUUGCUGGAGAGUUUCACCGUCUUGUCAGGCUGUGCAAGCAGAGGCACCACUGGCUUACCGUGGGAGGUGCACGUUCUCAAUCUCCGAAACCCGGAUGAUGGGCCCAGCCAGCUGGAAAGAGAGGUCACACUGCAUCUGAAUCCUAUUUCAUCAGUGCACAUUCACCACAAGCCAAUAAUAUUCCUGCUCAACUCCCCUAAGCCCCUGACCUGGAAGCUAAAGACAGAGAGAUUGGCGGCUGGGGUCACCAGACAAUUCUUUGUGUCUCGAGGUUCCGUGGUCCAGUUUGAGGCCGGUAACUUCUCCCAGUCAGCGACUACUGCGGAAAAGACCUUCCCACAGAGAAACGAUCAUUUGCUGCAGUGGGCUCAAAAGGAAUAUGGAGCAGUCACUUCUUUCACUGAGCUCAAGAUCUCAAGAAACAUUUAUAUCAAAGUGGGGGAAGAUCAAGUUUUCCCUCCGACCUGCACCAUCGAGAAGAACUUUCUCUCCCUCAAUUAUCUUGCUGGGUAUCUUCAGCCCAGGCCAGCAGAGGGGUGUGUGAUGUCCAGUCUGCCUCUGGAGAGAGAAGUGCACGUCAUCGAGUUAAUCACACCCAAUUCGAAUCCCUACAGUGCUUUCCAGGUGGACAUAAUAGUUGACAUCAGACCGUUUCGAAAAGAUGCCGACGUGGUCAAAAAUCUUGCUCUUAUCUUGAAGUGUAAAAAAUCUGUCAAUUGGGUGAUCAAGUCAUAUGAUGUUAAAGGCGCCCUGGAAGUUAUUGCACCAAACAGCAUUGGCUUCGGGAAAGAAAGUGAAAGGUCCAUGACUAUGAAAAAAUCAGUAAGAGUCGACAUUCCCUCAACGCAGGAGAGUUUGAUUAAGUGGGCUUUUGACCAUGGGUACGGUCCAGUUACAUCAUAUACAAUGGCUCCUGUCGCCAACCGAUUCCAUCUAAGGCUUGAAAACAAUGAGGAAAUGAGUGAUGAAGAGGAUCAUUCCAUCCCUCCAGAGCUGGCGAUACUACUGGGAGCAAGCACUCUACCGGCUCCUGAGAAUCCCCCUAUCCGAAGCCCCUUCCCUUUUCCCUUCCCUUCUAUCAACAGAAAAGGGAAACAGGAAAAAGGGGAGGAAGGCUCACCUCCCGAAAAGGAUCCUAUCAUUCAGGGCCCCAGCAUACAGCUGCUUCCCAGCCCCAAGCAACCCGAAGAGGUUCAGGGGAGCAUUGACGUCGCGCUUUCGGUCAGAUGUGAUGACGAAAAGAUGACUGUGGCCGUAGGAAAAGACUCUCUGCAGGCUAAUGGCUAUGUAGGGACGGAGCUUUCCCUGCUGGACCCCGACUGCAAAGCCAAGAUGAAUGGGACCCAUUUCAUUCUGGAAUCUUCCCUGUAUGCCUGUGGGACCAGGCGCCGAGCCUCUGCCCCAGGCAGUGUGGUUUACUAUAAUUCGAUUGUCAUCCAGGUGUCUUCUCUGAGUGACAGCAGUGGAUGGCCAAACGAUUAUGAAGAUUUGGAGUCUGGUGAUAAUGGAUUUCCAGGGGAUGCUGAUGAAGGAGAUAGUCCCUUCUUGAGCAAGCCUGAAAUUGUUGUGUUUAAUUGCACACGACGGCAGGCAGGGAUUCCGGAUGGCUCUCACAAUUCCUUCUUGUUGCCAUCUGAACCUCACGCCAGGAAUGUCACCUUCAACAUGGAGCUGUAUGCAACUGACCUCUUCCGGGUUCCAGUGCAGGGACUCUUCUCUGUGGCCGAGAAUGGGCCCAUUUAUGUUGAGGUUUCUGUCACUAAGGCCGACCGAGAACUGGGAUUUGCCAUCCAAAUGUGCUUUAUCUCUAAGUAUUCCAACCCUGAUAGAAUGUCUGAUUACACCAUCAUCGAGAACAUAUGUCCUAAAGAUGAAUCUGUGAAAUUCUAUAAUCUCCAGAAAGUCAACUUCCCUUUACUACAUGCGCAGGUGGAAAGAAAGCGAUUUAGCUUUGUGUUUAAGCCAGUCUUCAACACGUCAUUGCUCUUCCUUCAGUGUGAGCUAACCCUGUGUACAAAGAAGGAAAGAGGAACCCAAGGAUUACCCAAGUGCAUUCUUCCUGAUGAAGCCUGCCUCUCUCUGGACGCUGCCACGAUCUGGGCCAUGAUGCAAAACAAGAAAACGUUCACCAAACCGCUUGCUGUAAUCCCUCACGAAGAGAGAAAAAAAGGUCCAGUUGGUCCCAUACCAAACAAAAUUCCUCAACCAAUUUUCCAUGGUCUGGACACGCUGACAGUAGUGGGCAUCGCGUUUGCGGCAUUCGUGAUCGGCGCUCUCCUGACUGGAGCCCUCUGGUAUAUCUACUCGCAUACAGGAGAGACAGCGGGAAGACAGCCGGUCCCUACAACACCCCCAGCCUCCGAGAACAGCAGCGCUGCCCACAGUAUCGGCAGUACCCAGAGCACCCCCUGCUCCAGCAGCAGCACGGCUUAGUGCCGGGGAGAGACGAAGCUAAGGAACCGGGAAGGAGGGCAGUUGUUCAAAGGGACCUGUUUGUUGGUGUUCGCUGUCUGAACUUGG